AUCAGUUCGUAGGAUUCCCGUGUAAUUUUACACCCAGAUAUAACAUGUUUGUCACAAGUGACAUGCAACCAAAGCUGGCAGCACAUUUAGGCAAGUUUUGAAUGGGAUAACCAUGCAAAUUGGCAACUUUAUCUAAUUCAGUUGUGGCUUGAGAAUAGGUGAAAAAGUCGUGAUUUUUCUGUGGCAACGAUAAGAGUCCCGUGAACCAACUGGGCCCCCAACUGUCUCGUCUCCCCAAUCCUCAAACGAGAAGAUGACCAAUUAAAAAAUAAAAGCAAAAUAAAACAACAACAUAGAGAAAAUGACAAGUAAAAAAAUAAAGCUGUAUUUUUCUCUUAUUUUAAUUAACUAGUUCCUUCCUUCUUGUGAUUCUCCAUUCCUAAAGUUACAUAUCUUUCCUUUUAAAUAAUGCUGCUGGUUUGCAGUUCACUUGUUUUUCCAUGAACAACAUUAAGAGCCUUAGCACUUACCUACUAUAAAAAUGUUGGGUGUGUCAACAAGAAAAUAAAUAAAACCAUCAAGAGGGCUCGCAAAAGUUUUCACUUGUGUGCCUGCUCGUUUUCAUUCUUCAGAAAAAGUCUGACAACUUAAAAGAGUGUCGCUUUUUAUCAUUCUUUCAUCUGUUUUUCUCUUUUCAGAGUUUUCACCACGAUGUCUUGGUUUUGGACAAUAUUAUUUCUCACUUUUGCAUUUAGUAGUAACUGUACGGAGGCUAAGCAUCACAAGAAACCAUCAUCAGCUGUGGUUGUGGGCACUGUGUUUUGUAACACAUGCUUUCAGCAGAAUAUUCCCAAGGCCAUCCACUUCAUUCAAGGUGCAUCUGUUGCAGUGGAAUGCAAGGACAAAAGCUCAAACCCAAGCUUCAAACAGCAAGUCAAAACAGACAUCCACGGAGAGUUCAAAGUCAAACUCCCUUUCCCUGUCAGCAAGCACGUCAAGAAAAUCAAAACCUGCACUGUAAAACUCAUCAGCAGCAACAAACCAUACUGCUCCAUAGCAGCCAGCGCCACCACGUCAUCCACCCUCCAUCAAAAAUCAAGGACACAGAAAACCCACAUUUACUCCGCCGGCUUCUUCACAUUCAAGCCCUUUAACCAGCCUGCAGUUUGUGACCAGAAGCCAAGCAUCCAUACAAACCAAAACAAAAUAUCACCAAUUUCAAACCCUAAUGACCCUGCUUUCUUACCUCCAAUUCAAGACCCUCCGGCCACUGGCAGCCUCCUCCCGCCAUUGCCAGAGCUCCCCCAGCUGCCGCCACUCCCACAAAUUCCAUUUCUGCCCCCGAAAAUGCUUAAAACAGAACUAUCAGACAAUAAUCGAGUAAAUCUACCAGAAUCUUUUCCGUUCCCAUUCAAUCCACCGAGCAUUUUCCCGCCAAACCCUUUCCAGCCACCACCUUCUGUAAUCCCGCCAAUCUUUCCAAAUCCACCUCCUUCGAUUUUCCCGCCAAUUUUCCCUACACCGCCUUCGCCGCCGUUUUUUCAGCUGCCGCCAGUUCCGGGCCUUACGCCAUCACCGCCGCCACCUCCACCGCCCGUCUUUCCAUUCCCUCUACCGCCCUUUCCCGGAUUCCCGGGGCCCGGGGUUCCGCCAGCUGAGAUGAAGCCGUAAAACAAGCUCCUCUUCAUGUUGUUAUUUGUUCUGCUACUAUCAGUCCAGUCAUGUGUCUGUAAGUAUAGUUUGAGUCAUACUCCUAAUAAAGUGAUCUACUUCCAUCACUUGUGGGUAUUUUUCUUGUCAAAUUUAAUUUCUUCACUGCAUUCUACAUAUAUUUUGAAGGAUUAUCAACAGAAUUCCUGAGCUGCAACAUGUUCCUACCUUGUUUAUUUUUAGUUUUUACCUUUUUCUCCCCCACGAUAAAUUUGAGAAAUGAUUAUAUCAAGGCCAAUCACAGUAAAAUGUGUUCAUUCAACACAUAUAAGAAACUCAACCACACUCAAACCAACUACCGAGUCUUAGUAUAGUCCAUUAAUCUCCUACCACAUCAACAAAUAGAUAUAUUUAACAGUGCCCAUCGUGUGCACAAGAGGGAAGGUCGGCAAACUUAAGCUCUCAAUCAAAAGUUCUACUAUUUCAAGUGAACAGAC